UUGUGGCCACUGUACUUAGUGUUGGAAGAAGAAGAGGAAGAACAAAGAGAGGAUUCCCUUGCUGUUCUCUGUUCUUGCGCCAGAAUAGGACGAUGCAUUCCAGGUCUCCUGCGGUAUGCCGCACUGGGGGCGACACUGCAAGUCCGACCGAAUUCUUCUCCGAAUGUUCAGUUUUCGCAGACGCUAUAGCUGCUUCCCCUCCUUGUGACUACAGAAGGACUACGGAAUAUCCCGUGCCCGUUGGAACGCCAUCAACUGACGGGCGGGAAACAACAUCAUUUGAACCACAGCAGGCUCGCAGCACUGCCCUCCCUACACUGUCCAAAGAAAAGAGGCGAGUGGGAUCGCAUAAGGCUCGCAAGAGAACACGCACGUCACCCGAAUUGCGUCAUGUACCUCAGAGUGAACCGCGGAGUUCGCCUGACGAAUAUCUAACUUGUACAUACGAAUCACCGAAUGGCAGAGAUGCCCCACAGAAACAUGAGGAGGGGCCUGCUAAGCCUCGUAGUAUUUCUCCAGUAUCAGGAAGUGAACCAUACCACUCAUGCGAUGAACCAUCUACACCACGCAAGGCUCACAUGGAACCACGCGCAUUUCACACACAGGAUAAGCCACAAGAACCAUCAGUCGUUCCCGUCGUUCUCCAGUCAGCGCCCACAGUGAGCAAGACGCCCAGCAAGCACGAUCAAUCUGCAAGUGCUGUGAUGACACCUUCGAGUACCAGUGUGCCUUCAUCCACUCAAAGAAGCAAAACCCGCGUGACAAUGCAAUGCCCUGAUCCAGAGGCCACUGAACGAAUCAUGUCAUCAAUUGCACAACAUAAGGAGUUUUCCCGUAGGUUUUCGGUGAGAUCAGCUUCUAUCACGGAUGUUGAACAAGAGUACCGCGACGGUGGACGCGAUGAACUGGCUGAUAUGCUUGGUACCCAUGGGCCUUAUCAACGUAACACUUUCAACUUCAGCUUGUUGGUGGCUUUCGUCCUCCCUUUCCAAGCAAUGAUCCCUCAAAUCCUUGAAGCUGAAGUUGAUUACUGGUGCGCACGGCCAACAAAGAACAUCAGUACUGACCUGUGGAAGGAACAGAUGAUACCUAAAGAGAACGGAGAGUACAGCAAGUGCGAAAUGUUCGUUUCGUUAGAGAACGGCUCCAAGGCCACGACUUCCUGUUCCAGUUGGGAAUUCGGCGUAGCGAGCAGCGGCUUCACCAUCAUUCAGGAAUUCGAGCUUGUGUGUGAGAAGGCCUGGAUGGUUCCAAUGAGCUCAUCCGCUUUUCUGGUCGGAGGUCUUUGUGCUCUGCUGAUAGCUGGACCCAUAUCAGACAAGUACGGCAGAAAACCUGUAGCCCAUACGUGUGUUGUGACAGCUGAGGUGGCAGCCGUAUUGAUAAUCUUCUGUCGCGUUGUCUCCGCCUUCCUUGCAAUGCGCUUUCUACUCGGCGCCGCUAUGACAACGUUAUUUACCACCAGUGUAGUGUUGGUGGUUGAAGUGAUGUCUCCGGAGAUGAGAAGCAUUUAUGGCAUCGGCGUCCUGAUGGGGCAGUCGGUAGGAGACGUAGUUAUGGCGUCCCUGUCCUGGCUUGGCAUCAGUUGGCACUCGGUUCAGAUUCUGGGACUCAUUCCUUCAUUCAUGAUGCUCCGAGCUUAUUAUAACAUAACGGAGUCCCCAAGGUGGCUGAUCGCGAAGGGCCAUAUCGAAAGCGCUGAAACCAUCAUCCUGCACGCUGCCCUCAUGAACGAAGAAAACACGCUCGAAGUCAGGAAGCUUUGGGCACGCAUGAAGAGGGACAUCGACAAGGACGCUGCGGUUGAAGGACAGGGCGGGUCAUCACGAGACUUCCUCUCUUUGCGCGAACGCUGGAAGGACGCCAUUAUCCUGUAUUACUGCGCGACAGCUAUCUCUUUCGCCUACUUCACCGUCACCAUACGUCUGCGCAAGCUCUCUUUCUUCCCUAACUCGCUGCUCAUCUUCACGUCCAUAUUCGAAGUGGCCUCCGAACUGAGUGCCAUCGUAUUCGUGGCGAGAUUGGGUCGACGCACGACGGAAGCUACGAGCCUGUGCUGUGCAGGGAUCGCCUGCCUUACAGCUUCUCUACUCUCGGAUGAGGUCCGAGUCAUAAGUGUCGGAUUGACAAUGGCUGCUGUGACAUUCAUCAACUCAGCAUACUGUAUCAUAUGGUUGUACACAGCAGAAAUCUACCCAACCGUCAUUCGAAACACUGGGUUGGCCGUUUGCUACGCAUUCUCCACAUUUGGAAGUGCCCUUGCCUCCUUAACGGAAUAUCUGACUGACAAGGACAGCUGGAUACCUAUCUUUAUCGUGGCAGGUCUAUGCAUCUGUGGGGCGGUGCUCACCCUUCAACUCCCGGAGACCAAGGACACGAAACUUAAAGACGAUGUCCAAAGGGUACAGUCCUUCUCCGGGUUCACUAUGACACGAUUCAGCGAAUAGAGGCGAUGGGCAUCAACUCCAACAUCAACGAAUUUGCAAAAUGUAUCCGGGACAUCCGCACAGUUCCAAUUUUACGAUAUAUACAUAUAAUCACUAUGAAAACGCGAUGCUUAAUUCAGAAUAAGGCCGAAGCUCAUUCGGUUGGGCCGUUUUACAGUCGUCAUAUAUCAAUUAAACGCAUACCUUCUUC